AAAUAUUAAUUAUAUUGGUAUUUGGUGUUAUCUGCUAAUUGAUUUUUCAGUUGUACAAUAUUUUUUUUUUUCUAUAAAAUUUUGGGACAAGUGCCUGAUGCCCCAUAGAGUAUCAAGAUUUUCAAGAAAGAAAAUAAUACGUAUCGGAUCAAUUUUAAGCGUUCAAGAAGUUACACGUGAAAUAUACAAGCGAUACGUACCGACUCGUAUCGGACUCAGACUUCGAUACGAGGCGGUACGUAGUUGUUCCUUAUCGAUACGUAACGCAUUUUUCUUCUUGAAAAUCUUGUAUCACUCUGUUUGAUAACACGAUUAAAGAUAGUACUGUCAUUAGCCAUGUGGUGAUUGUUUACGCAUAGUAUCGUAUUUAUCGUAAUCGUAUUAUUCGUAUUGUCAAUUAUUUUCAUCGCGUUUGCAUAUAAUAUAUAUUGUUUAAAAGUUUUAUUCGUGUACUGUUUUUUUUUUAAAUAUAGUAGGUAUGUCGAAGCGUAAAAUUUCUUCUUAUUUUACUUCAACUUCAGAUAAUAGUAAGCAUUUUAUUCCUGACCAACCAAAACAAGUUGAAAAGGAACAACCGAUAAUACCAUUAUUGAUUGAACCGAAUAAAGAAUCCAACACAAUUGUAACUUCAAAUAGUUCAAAUUAUACUGAUAUUGGCCAAGUAGUAAGUGGAAGCAUAAUAUUAAAUGAUUUUAUAAAAUUCACAAUACUCGAAAAAAAUAAUAAACCAUCAGAAGACUUUGUUUUUCCUUUUUCUUUACACAAUAAAAAGGGAAAAGAAGAAAAACGGUAUUUACGAUUGAAUCAUUUUCAGAAAUUCAGCUGGUUAGAGUAUUCAAAAAAUGAAAAUGGGUUAUUUUGUAAAACAUGUGUACUUUUUUUAACCACUACAAUGGGUGGUGCUCAUAAAACAGAGCAGUUAAAAAGGUUGGUAACUAAACCUCUAAAUUUAUACUCAAAAUUGCUUGGGAAAGAUGGUGCACUAGAAGUUCACAAUAGUACUCACUAUCAUAAGAAAGCUGCUCAAUGUGCAAUAGAUUUUAAAAUUACAUAUUUGAACCCUAAUAGAGAAGUAAUAAAUAUGUUAGACUCUCAAAGAAAAAAAGAAGUUGCCGAAAACCGUGCUCGCAUUAGACCAAUAAUUGAAACAAUUAUUUUUUUGGGACGACAAAAUAUUGCAUUACGUGGGCAUCGAGAUGAUGGUAAAGUUUCGUUUGAUGAAUUCCCAAUUGAUAAUGUCGAUAAUGAUAAAUCUGUGAUUAAUGAAGGCAAUUUUAAACAACUUCUUAAAUAUAGAGUAGCCUCUGGAGACCAUGUUCUUAAAAAUCAUUUGGAAACGUCAACUGCUAGAGCAACUUACAUAAGUGGAUUCACACAGAAUGAAAUUAUCAAUUGUUGCAGUAAAGUUAUUUUAGACAAAAUUUGUUCAGAAGCUAAAGAAGCAAAACAAUUUAGUGUGAUAUUUGAUGAAACAACGGAUAUUUCUAAUAUAUCUCAAUUAAGUUUAAUAAUCCGUUAUAUAUUUAAAAAUCAAGUAAAUGAAAAAUUUUUGGGAUUCAUUAAUUGCCACGACUAUAUAUUUGAAAAAAAUAAAGAUAAAUUGUUGAAAGAUAGUGGGGUAAAUCAAGAUCCUAUUAGUGAAAUUCAAGAGCCUAAAAUAACUGGUAAAAUUCUAGGAAAUGCAGUUGUACAGCUAUUGCAAGAUUUUAAUUUCAAUUUAGAUAAUUGUGUAGGUGUUGGAACGGACGGUUGCUCAGUUAUGGUUUCCUCAGCUAAUGGAGCAGUUCAACAAAUCAAACAAUUUGCAAAAAAUGCAGUGCACAGCCCUUGUUCUAGUCAUGCCUUAAACCUGUGCAUCUCAAAGUCUUCAAACAUACAGCUUAUUCGAAACUGUGUUGGUGUUAUUAAAGAAACCAUAUCUUUUUUCCAUUUAUCAGCCAAACGUAAUUUUGUGUUGAAAAAAUAUUUAACUGGUCAUAAAUCACUUUCUAGCUUAUGCGAAACGCGUUGGGUAGAAAGACACGAUAGUGUAUUGCAAUUCAAAAAUUCACUUGUCAACAUUGUAGAGACUUUAACUGAAAUUUCACAAUGGAAUGAUAUUACUUCAUCAGCAAAAGCUAAAAUUUUAAUAUCUGGACUCUGUACAUGUGAUUUUAUUUUAUCCCUUAAUUCUUUAUCUCAAAUAUUAAGUGUUACAUACCCCAUCAGUAAAAUUCUUCAAAAACGAGAUGAAGAUGUAGUAACAGCAUCAAUACACAUUAAUAAUGUUAUAGAUGUACUCCAAAAGUAUCGGUCAAGCUGUGAGGACAAAUUCAAAUGUUUAUUUGAAGAAAGCAAGUUAACUUUUGAGAAACUUGAUGUAGAAAUGAAAUUGCCUAGGCUUGUUGGUCGUCAAACUCAUAGAGGGAAUAUAAAUUCUGGAUCAAAUGAUCCCUUGGACUACUACCGUAUAAAUAUGUACAUACCUCUUCUAGAAAGUAUAUUAGAAGAUUUAAAAUACAGAUUUUUAAGUAAAGAAAAUGAAAAUAUUGUAACCCUAAUGUUGUUAGUUCCAAGUUGUAUAAUUAAAAUAAAAGAUGAAGAAACAUAUACCACCUUCAAAAAAAUUAUUCAAGUAAUUACUUGUUACUCAUUUUUUGAACAUGUACCAGAAGAAUUAAUUAAUGGAGAACUUGAACUUUGGUAUGCUCAAUGGAGUAAACAAGAAACAGAAGGGAAAAAUAUCUGUAAAAAUGCAUUAGAUGCUUUGGAUGAGUGUCAUCAUCAUGUUUUUCCUAUUCUUCACGAAGUUUUGUGUAUUAUAUGUUCACUGCCAAUCAGUGUAGCAUCUGCUGAGCGCACCUUUUCUACACUCAGAAGACUGAAAACAUGGUUACGUUCCCAAAUGGGAAAUGAACGUCUCAGUAGUUUGGCUAUGUUGCAUGUGCAUAGAGACAUAGACAUUAACAUUGAUAAUGUCAUUGACAUGUUUGCAAAAAUGAAAAACCGAAAUAAAAAUUUUAUAUUGUAAAUAUUUUAUUUUUCA